GCAAAGGCACACUUACAUCCCACGAAUGUCUCAAUACAUGUUUUAACUUGAUCUCACAAAAAUCCAGCUGAAAUCCUAUCUACAUGCCCUUCUGAAAGUUUUGACAUCUAAAACUAAGAUCAAGAAUCUUCCAUAUAUUAAAUGUUGCGUUUAUGACUGACAAUAUCACACUCCCUCCAUCCCAUAAAAAACAAACCUGUUGCACUUGUCACACUAAAAAACAUCCCAUAAAAUAAGUAAAUAUUCAUGAAAAUUGGACUUACAAAUUCUCUAAAAUUAUGAAAAAAAUAAUAGAGAUUGGUAUAAGCAUGGAAUACAUUUACACCACGGCCAGUGUCUCCAAGUACACUGGCAUGGCAUGGCAUGCAGUGCACCUAGCAAAUACACUAAAAAAGCCAAAAGAAAAAUAAUAUAAUAAUAAUAAACCAGCUGCCUUUGUGACAACAGCCCAACCCAACCCACAAAAAUAUCCCAUCCCCUCACGAAAUCCAUUUCAUCCAUUUUUCCGCUCUCUCUCUCUCCGAAUGCGCGUGAUCUCGCACUCGCAGCCUCAGCAUCAGCUGCAUCACUCCCCGCCUCUCCGCGAUCGCAAGGGCCGCGCCGAUCCCCCCCGCACCAGAAGCCCUCGAGAUUCCGAUCUCCCAGAAAACCUCCGCCUCGCAGCGCGACGGAUCCAUCCAUCUCGCCACCUUUCUCCCACAAGGAAUUUACUAGCUCUCGGAGAAACUACGGUUGAGGCUUGCGGUUUGGAUGCACCUUCAUGUUUAUAAGAAGGCUCAGAGCUACCUGAUAUAACUCCUGUUCUGUCAUAAACAGGUGUGCUUACUUGUCUUAUCAACAUGGGAAUCUACCUCAGUACCCCCAAAACCGAUAAGUUCUCUGAAGACGGGGAAAAUGAUAAGCUUAAACUUGGUCUUUCGUCUAUGCAAGGAUGGCGUGCAAACAUGGAAGAUGCUCAUUCAGCAUUGCUAAAUCUUGACAAUGAGACAUCGUUCUUUGGUGUUUUUGAUGGCCAUGGAGGAAGAGUGGUUGCCAAAUUCUGUGCAAAAUAUUUACACUCUCAAGUUCUCAGAAGUGAAGCCUAUUCAGCUGGUGACUUAGGCACUGCUGUUCAUAGAGCUUUCUUCAGGAUGGACGAAAUGAUGCGAGGACAGAGAGGCUGGAGAGAACUAUCUGCACUUGGAGAUAAGAUAAACAAGAUUGGUGGUAUGAUUGAAGGGUUGAUUUGGUCUCCGAGAGGCAGUGAUUCGAAUAAUGGACAAGAUGAUUGGUCUUUCGAAGAGGGACCCCACUCCGAUUUUGCUGGGCCAACAUGCGGAUGCACAGCAUGUGUAGCGCUAAUAAGAAAUAACCAACUUGUUGUGGCGAACGCUGGUGAUUCCCGUUGUGUUAUUUCUAGGGCUGGCCAGGCAUACAAUUUGUCAAGAGACCACAAGCCAGAGCUUGAAGCUGAGAGAGACAGAAUAGUAAAAGCAGGGGGUUUCAUUCAUAUGGGACGAAUAAAUGGAAGUUUAAACUUGACAAGAGCAAUUGGAGAUAUGGAAUUUAAACAGAACAAAUUCUUGCCUCCUGAGAAGCAAAUCGUGACUGCAAAUCCUGACAUCAACGUUGUUGAGCUUUGCGACGACGACGACUUUCUUGUUUUAGCAUGUGACGGCAUUUGGGACUGCAUGUCAAGCCAACAGCUGGUGGAUUUCAUCCACGAGCAUAUACAGAAGGAGAGCAGUCUUUCUGCAGUGUGCGAAAGAGUGCUCGACAGAUGCCUAGCUCCAUCAACAAUUGGUGGAGAGGGAUGUGACAACAUGACCAUGGUUCUGGUGCAGUUCAAAAAGCCUAUUACUCAGAAUAAAAAAGCCGACGUAGGGGAGCAAUCUGUGAAAGGUGUGGAAGAGGCUGAGAUCAAUGCUGCUGAGGAGAAUGGUUCUUGACGCCGAUGAUUAUGCAGACAUUUGCUUUCAUAAGCAGGCCGAGUGGAGCAGCAGUCACUGUGUGUGUGUGUGUGUGUGUGUGUAUAUAUAUAUAUAUAUAUAUAUAUAUAUAUAUAUAUAUAUAUAUAUAUAUAUAUAGAUAUAUAUAUAUAUAUAUAUAUAUAUAUAUAUCAAUUGUUUGUCAAAUGAUGUAUCUGCACACAUUCUGCUCAAGAACUCGGAGAUAAAUGGCACUGAAUGGAGCAACUGUGAAAACCUAAUGCGCAGUUUUUGUGCGCCAUCCACCAUUCGUUGUCAUGCCAAAAAGUUGACCGUCCUGAUUGUGGAUAUGAUCACAAUUGUCGACAAUUAGAACUGAUCAAGUUGCUGUUUUCUGUUCUUUGCAUACGCUGUAAACGUGGGCGAGUUUUUUGUUCUGCUGUUUUUUUUUGGGUGUGUGCGUGUGAUAGAUAUGUCAAUUGCAAUUCAUGCCCCAUUUGGGUUAUUGCUUCAGAUCAUGUCCAAUCUGAAUCCAGUUUAUCAUGUGAUAUCUGUUGGUUAGUUCAGUGCCGUGCUGCUGCGGUGCUGCCCUGGUGUGGUGAAAAUGUAUGCCUGUUAUGCAUAUGGAAGUAUGGAACAAUUUGGGGA